UUGCCCAUAAUUGGGUGCUCAAUAUUAAAUUACUUCCAUAUUUCUCACGCUAAAUAGAAUCACAUUCUUUCAAUUGUUCACAUACAAAUAUGAAUACGAGUCAACAAUCCUGGGCUGCUUUCAGAGUUUCCAUGAGUGAAAUUAAUGAACAAAACUAUUCACAUGCUUUUGUUACCAAACUAAUUCACAAAAUAUUACUAUAAAUAACAAUAGCAAGCCAUUUAAUCAGAACAAUAUCAUUUCCAACUUAGUAAAAAAUUAUCAUGGGCGUCGUAGCUUGUGACGUCGAGAUAACUUCCUCGGUCCCUGCAGCUAGAAUGUUCGAGGCUAUUGUCCUCGACUCGGACAACCUAAUACCCAAGAUCAUGCCUCGGGCUAUUGAAAGUGUCGAAAUCCUCGAGGGUGAUGGAGGGGUUGGAACCAUCAAGCUCGUUAAUUUUGGCGAGGACAGCCAGUUUAAGAGUGUGAAGUACCAUGUCGAUGCUCUUGACACAGAAAAUUUCACACAGAGUUACAGCAUUCUUGAAGGGGAAGUUCUGAUGGGAAUUUUCGAAUCAAUCACUUAUCAUAUUGAAAUUUUAGCUAAUGCUGAUGGAGGAUGUAUAUGUAAGAGCAGAAGCAUUUAUAACACCAAGGGAGAUGUUCAGAUCACUGAGGAGAAAAUUAAGGAAGGCAAAGAGAAGACCAUGGCCAUGUUCAAGGCCAUCGAGGCCUACCUUCAAGCCAAUCCAGAUGCCUAAAAAUACAUUUGGCGAUGUGGAUUGGACCGUGCUUGGCAAUAUUAAGAGAAAAAAUUCUUGUUCAUUGUAGUGUUCAGUCUUGUUUAAUAUAACGAGCCAAAUAUUCUUUUAAUUAAGAUGAUCAAAUCUGCAGUUUAGAUUUUCCGAAUUGAGUACUGAUAGCAGUGUACUUAUGGUUCUCUUUAAUUUUAUGUUUCACUUAUUUUGCUCUCCAGUUGGACUUGAGUCCUGUGUUCUAUCAUAACAAAUGUUCUUUGUCUUGUAUAACAACAUUGGAUUUUAGUAUGAAUUUUUGUCUUCCUAUCGUUGAAUUAAUUCUGAAUUUUUCUGACUGUUACGUUCAAAGUUCAAACAGAUUGAGUGGUAUAUAUAUGCCCGUUGAUACUACUAAUCUCGUCACCACCUAUGACAUA